UUGAAACCUGACCUCAACAUCUCUUCUCGCUCUCUCUCUCUCUCUCUCUCUCUAGCUUCCUUCUGAGCUAGAAAAGCCAAGAGAAAAAAUGGGGUUUGCCCUGAAAGGGUUCGUGCUGCUGCAGCUCACAGUACUGAUGGUGAGCUGCUACCCUGUGUUUGGUGAAGAGCAUGGAGCUCUGCCACCCAUCCCACCACCGGCAGAGACCCCUAGUCACCACCACCAACACCAUCACCAUGCUCCUCCCCCGAGUCAUCCACCCGUUCAGCCUCCGAGUCACCCACCCGCUCACCCUCCUACUCACCACCAUCACCAUCAUGCUCACACUCCGAGUCAAGCUCCAGCUCAACCCCCGAACCAUCACCACCACCACCAUGGCCACCCUCCGGCCAGUCACUCACCGGUUCAUCCUCCUCCUAGUCUCCCUCCACCUCACCUGCCUCAGCCACCCCCGGUUCACCCUCCAAGUCACCCACCUCAUCACCAUGCUCCUAGCCUCCCUCCGGUUCAUCCCCCAGUCCACCCGCCGGCUCAUCCCCCAAUGCCGGUUCAUCCCCCGGCGCAUUCACCUGUUUUCCACCCACCAAGGAGCUUUGUAGCUGUUCAAGGUGUUGUUUACUGCAAGUCCUGCAAGUAUGCUGGGGUUGACACACUUUUAGGCGCCUCGCCAGUUCUUGGUGCCAUUGUAAAGCUACAGUGCAAUAACACCAAGUACGGGCUGAUCCAGAAAGCCAAAACAGACAAGAACGGCUACUUCUACCUCACAGCGCCCAAGACUAUCACUUCCUAUGGCGCGCACAAGUGUAAGGUCUUCCUAGUCUCAUCGUCGCUGGCCGCAUGCAGCAAGCCCUCUAAUUUACACUACGGUCUCCAGGGUUCCGUCCUCAAGCCUGAAAAGCCAUUUGUAACAGAUCAGAAACUCCCAUUUAUUCUCUACUCCGUUGGACCUUUCGCUUUUGAACCCAAAUGCCCACACUAAAAUGUUUAGAGCGGCUUGAACCUUGUCUGUUGUGUGAACACGCGCGUACUGUGUACUAGGGUUGUGUCUACUGUUUCAUGAUUUAGACUUGCCCAGAUUUUUAUGAUUUGGGUAUGGUGUUUGUACUUCGAAUUAACAAUAAAUUGUUGAUGAUAUUAAUAGGAUUACGUUUGUAUUAUAA